GUUGUUUGCAUAGGUACGUGGGAAUAUUUGCAAACAGGAGAUCUCCCAAGUCCCAACAUGAGUUAAAGCGAUAAGGACAACGUGAAUAAAGCCGGAAAGCAAUAUUGACAUUAUAAUACACAUGCCAAAAUUUCCUUUUUGCCAAGGCAACGCUAUUUAGAUUUAAGAACAAAAAACCUCAUCACCAUAUCUACGUCGACAACAAAUUACAGCCAAAGAAAAGGUUAAUCAAGGAGUCACGAAAAGAAAAAUUUGAGUAUAAAAAUGGAAGACGGACAGCGACACUUCAUUCACGUAGUGUAAGAGUCACUGAAGAGAAAGAAGAGAAGCAACGCUCCAAGAAAUUGUCAAAGUAGCAACACAAAGUGAUAUUAUUAAGUGAUGACAACUAUUUCAACAAAAGAAUUGAAAAUGUCGAGAACUUUCACCACCUUAAUUGUGCUCAUAGGAUUAACGGCAACAAUUGAAGCAUGUUCGCCGACACCCAGUAGUGAAAACCCUAAAAUGGUGCGAAGCACAACAACCGAUAAACCAAAAGAGACGAGCACAACGCCACUAUCGAGGGCAACAGACCCGAGCUCAGAAAAACCAAAAGAGACGAGCACAAUGCCACCAUCGAGCGAAAGAGACGCGAGCUCAGACAAACCACAGGAAACGAAGACAACGCAACCAUGGAGUGAAGCAGACUCCACGCCCCCUGAAUCUACGGCUCCACCCACUUCUUCAACAACAGAAGAAAAAGAUACUAGUUCUAUUGAGGUUCUCACACGACCAACAUCUCCUUUCAGAUUCAGAAAAAGACCAGCAGCCGUUAAUAGUAUCAAAGACAAUAGACAAUGUUCAGAUCAAAAUGGGAACUGCAGAGAAAAUUGUGAAAAGUCAGAAUUUUUAAAGGGACGCUUCAGUUGUCCAUUUCCACGGAACUGUUGUGUACCACGGCCUUGAACUGAUACAGGAUGUUAAAUGGACAUACCUCUUUUGUACAUAGUUCAUUCUAUGUUAACGUUAAGAUUUUAUUCUGCUAUUUAUGAAAUGGCCAGUUCCAAAUUUGAUCAACCUUAAAUUUAAGUACAAAAUACAUUUAUGGUGUAUUAAGCGAAAACAAGUUCGCUCCACAACCUUAUUAAUUAAAUUAUGUUUUGAUCAGUUGACUGUUGUCUGCUGGAGAAAAAGAAAACGACUUUAACUAAUCUUUUUCAAUAUCUGCUGCCCCCGUUGGAGCAGCUACAAUAAACUUAAAAUUGCA